AGAGUUCCCCACAUGCAGAAUCAUUUCGUUCUGCUGCACAUUUGUUUGGGUGAUUACGUGGACGCUCGCCACCUCACCAAAUUCGACUUUCGGGACAGUUUAGUGUGUGCAUGUCCGGUGACAGUGGGACGACUCCUCCGUGGACGUGGUCAGUCGGCGUGUCCCGACCCAGUGACGGACGUGUGAGCAGUCAUAUGAGACCUCCGAAGCGUUUCGACUCGUUUUGCCCCCGACGCCGCGCGACCAACUUCGGACUCGUUCACGCCACAAACUCGCUGUGAAGUUGAAGACACCUCCAACAUGUCCGUGGCCGGCUUGAAGAAGCAGUUUUACAAAGCGAGCCAGAUGGUGAGCGAGAAAGUUGGCGGCGCUGAAGGAACCAAACUUGAUGAUGACUUCAGAGAUCUGGAGCGGAAGGUGGACGUGACCAGUAAAGCUGUAGUGGAGGUGAUCUCCAAAACCUCUGAAUAUCUCCAGCCCAACCCCGCAUCUCGGGCCAAACUCUCCAUGUUGAACACCAUGUCUAAAAUCCGAGGUCAGGUGAAGAACCCCGGCUACCCGCAGGCCGAGGGGCUGCUGGGGGAAUGCAUGACCAAGUAUGGAAGAGAACUGGGAGAGGAGACUAACUUUGGUGGCGCCCUCGUGGAAGUGGGCGAAGCCAUGAAGAGAAUGGCCGAAGUCAAAGACUCGCUGGAUAUCGACGUCAAACAGAACUUCAUCGAUCCGUUGCAAGGCCUCUGCGACAAAGACCUGCGGGAAAUUCAGCACCACCUCAAAAAGCUGGAAGGCCGCCGCCUGGAUUACGACUACAAAAAAAAGCGGCAGGGCAAGAUCCCCGAGGAGGACAUCCGACAGGCCCUAGAGAAGUUCCACGAGUCGAAGGAGGUUGCCGAGAACAGCAUGUACAACUUGAUGGAGACUGACAUUGAACAGGUGAGCCAGCUCUCGUCACUGGUGGAAUCCCAGCUGCAGUACCACCGGCAGGCCGUCCAGGUUCUGGAAGAGCUGUCGGAUAAGCUCGGAGAAAGGAUGAACGAGGCCCAGUCCCGACCGAGACGCGAAUACACACCCAAGCCCAAACCGCUGUUUGAUUUCGGAGAAGACAACCACUCCAACGGGGGGUACUCCACCUCAAUGGCCCUGCCGCCUUCUCGCAACUCGGCCCCGGAGCAGCCCAGCUGCAAGGCGCUCUACGAUUUUGAGCCGGAGAACGAGGGCGAACUGGGCUUCCGCGAGGGCGACAUCAUCACGCUGACCAAUCAGAUCGACGAGAACUGGUACGAGGGGAUGCUCAACAGUCAGUCUGGCUUUUUCCCUCUCAACUAUGUGGAGGUGCUGGUUCCGUUGCCACAAUAAGGUGCGUGGGAGGGCAUGUUGGGAGCGAGGCCUCGGACAGACCCCGGCGUGGUCCACACUAGAUCCAGUUCCCCUUGGAGGAUGGACUCUUAAGACCUCCCUUUGAUUUUUAGACCGAGACAAAGUAAGCAUGCAACGCUCAGGUUGACGCAAUACGCCCCCCCUCCCCUGUUUCAAAUCUGAGCUGACACCUGCUGGCCACUCUGACAAUUGCCUUUUUUUAUCUGACUUGAGGUAUUGAACCACAUCGUCGCAGUCUAGUAACACUCGUGCAAGGCAGUUUGCGCAUUUAUUUCAUAUCCCUCAGGUCCGUGUGCGAGUGCCCUCACUAGUGAGACAGUUAAGUGCACUAGUGGAAUGAUUGUGUCUUACUUGGAACGUUUGUCCCACUACUUCCAUAUCCUUGAUAUCCAUUUGAGCAUAUUAAUCUCCAUUUUAAAAUCCAUACUAUAUAUUUUUUUUGCCAUCACUAGAAAGUGCAAAAGUUGCCUUAAUGAGAAAGCGUCAUUUUUGCUCAGUGAGACGUAGUGAAAGGAAAUACCAUGUUUUCUUCAAAUGGAUUCCAAGGGUACCAAUGUAAAACAGCAGGGGCCCAGACAUUGAACCCUGUGGGACACCAUACAAAAGUGAGGAAGAGCAGGACUCAGAGCAACCGAGGCUAACUCAAGUAAGACACUACUACUGAAUCUUUCUAAGGACAAAGGGCGGAUAUGGAAUAAAUGCUUAAAAUAGCCACCGGUUAACCUUCAGUGUUUUGUCUUUUUAAUGGUUUAGUCCGCAGUGUUUUUAUAAAAGCAUUUCAGCGAUGCUACAGUCACUUGACAAGUGCACUUUUGUUUCAUUGUGCACUCCGACUUGUCGUAGAGGCCGUUUUACACACGCAGUGCCUGAAAAGACGACGCUGCUGGCAGCGUUUGCGUCUUUCUGUCCGUAAUGUGAAACUCCUGCUUCCCACUUAAGAGGUAUUGCCAUGUGAUGUUUGUCUUAGUACAUUGCAACUCUUCCUGUACUCUGAGUACAAGUGGAAACACCAAAGUGGAACCUUUUAAAUCAUGACAACUUUCAACCGUAAACUCCGCUAGCCUAACGCUACCAUGAUGCGAAAGGCCUUAGAGAAGCUAACAGAUGUUAGCAUUGACAUUUCAUGAAUGCACCUUAUGCCCAGGCACGUUUCAAACUCAAUUUGAAAGUUGAAACGAGACGACAUUUCCUCCACUCAACAUAGGGGGCUUGGCCGCAAAAUGGCGUCAAAGCAUCUGUUUUAUACUUGACAAGGCUUUGGCAGUCACUUGCUUUUUUUUCCUGGUAUUGUGUUCCACUUGGGAGCUUCCACUGCACCAAAAUCCAUUUGUAUAUAAUUGAGGAUUCCAGGUCAAAGGGAAAACAUCAAGGGAAUGCUUUGAAUCGGGAAUGUUUUUACCAUUUUUUUCUUUCCCCCAGUCCACGUUUGUGCAUUUACCACCCCCAGAACCAGACUGCCACUGUGUUUUGGACCUUGUCUAAUAUGUUUACACCUGGUAUUGGAGCACUGUUUAUGGAUUGUUUUGAGUGCCUUUGGAACAGAAAGGUAGGAAACCAAAAACUAAUGUCCACAAUUUCAAUUUUUUUAACCUUUGGCACUUUUUGUGCGUGUGCUCAUUGCGGCACUUUUAUGACACUACAGGUUGUUUUGUCACACACACACACACACACACACAUACACACAGCUAACUAAUUGUUUUGCAUACAUUUGAGAUGUUUUUUUAAAAAGUCCCAUUCGUUUCCUGAUUUUUAAAGCGCUAUGUUUUGUGUAGUCGGUCUUAAAUAUUCAACGGAAUCGCAUUAAACAUAUUCAGGUUCGCUAUAGUAUUAUUUUUAUAUCCAAAACCAUUACAAAAAUUGCAUGUAGUCCUUCAUUAAUUAUUGUUGUACCUUGUCAAAUGUUAGACGUAAGCCGCCUUUUUACCUUUGCAACGAGAACUGAAUUUAACCACAAUUUAUUUGUCCUUUAUUACUAUUAUAUUCCUAUGUGCAUCUUUCCCGACCCUCUCUACUUCUUACAAUAAACAAAAGGCAAAAAAAGGAAA